AUGAAUUCUCACACAACAUACGAGUGUCUGAAGACGCUUAAAGUGGUGGUGGUUAGGAACUUUUGUGGUGGCUCGAACGAGCUAGAUGUGCUGAUGUUUUUUAUUCGGUCUGGACGUGGGAGUGGGUCUGAUCGUGAACGUGGGGAUGUGUUGGAAUUGAUUGAGAUUUACUUGCCGAAUGAGUUGGACAAAACUCGACUGAAGUCGUUACGUUUCCGAGCUGAGAGAGUGCAGCACAUUGCGCGGCCUAUACAGGUUCUUGUGCAUGAUCCUUGA